AUGAUACUGCUGAGACAGAAUAAUCUGCACCAAUUUGAGAGGGCGCCGGAGUUGGGGAGUGUAAACUUACUAGAUAUUAAGAAGAAGGAAUUCAAAACAGUUUCCAUACCGUUGGUUUUAUUUUACUUUUUUAAAUGUUAUUCUGGGUUGAAUUUAAAAAAUGGAAGACGAAAUUUGCAGUAUUCAUUAGUCAUUGAUGGGGACGUGUACCUGGGCUAUGAGGUGAUACCCUCCGUCGUUGUUUUGGUUAGGGCUGACCGUGAAUGCGAUGAAUUCGUUGCAAAUAAAAACGGCGCAACUGAUGUUGAGGUACGUUUAGCGGAAAGGUUUCCCAACAAAGUGUAUGUCAGAAAAUGCAAGGAAAGUAAUAAGAGCGAAGUUUUAGGAAAGUGUGUUCCUAUGGGAUGUGUGCAUCACCCUUUUGAACAAAAUAAUGGCAGUUAUAGUAGCCACUCCCUCAAUGGUGACGAACGUUUGAGUGGAAAAGGUGAAUUGCACACGGAGGAGGAGGCGAAAGAGGUGCCAAAUGUACACGUACAGGAUGGGAAUCUUCCUUUUGCACCCCUGCGAGGAAUGAAAAUCGCUGAUUGUUACUCCGGCUGCUAUUACGUAGAUCAUUUCAGAUCGUACCUUUUUGUCAUGUUUGAUGAGUUCAGCCAAAAAAUGAUAAUAAGCGUAUUCCCCGUGGAAAAGUAUGGGUUCGAAAAAAGCAAAAAUUUUGUUCUCAGAUUCAGCGAGUGCGAAGAUUUAAUAAGAAAGGCCAUGGAAAAAAGGAAAGCUGAAACGGGUUCACCAUUUUUUACGACAAAUGUGCAUGAGGAUAGUUGCCCAAGUGGGGAGGAGGCCCCUUUUGAUGAAUCACCCAUGGGCGUAUUUCAACCAGAGAAUAAUUCGAAUAACGAUUUGGAUAAAAUUAUGAGGAAUGAGAAUGUGGCUGAUUUUUCCCGCCCACUGAUGAGAGAUGAGACGAUCCCUUUGGGAAGGUUAUAUCAGAAUGGGGACAAUCGUAUAGCCGAAAUGCGCAUCGUGGAUGAGGAAAACGUGUUGAAUGGUAAUCAUUCGGCAUUAUCCCAUUUGAGAAAAAAAAAUAGAGAAGGAAGUGAAGGAAAGGAGAAUGCACUUGUGAAGAGCAACGCAAAUGACGAGAAAACGUCAAUACUACCUAGCUUUAGAACAAAUAACGUUUCGAGGAAUUAUGCGUGGAGUGUACCAUUUUUAGCGAAUCCAAUGGGCGUAAAUUUCAAGCACUAUGUGUCCAUGUGGUCGCUAAGCGGAGAAGAAAGGAGAAUUCUUUUGACGUGCCUUCUGUUGCACAUGUGCAGUCGCCACUGUAAGGUAUUAUGUAGCUAUCUGUGCGGGUUAGAAAGGAGAUUGCCGUGCUUGCUUGAUGUUCGUGGUGUGAGCGAACAUCCCGGAAGGAAAGAUCGUAAAGAAGUGUCAGCUGAGCAGAUAGAGAGAGUCAACAAACAUUUCCCAUUAAUGAGUGUCCAAACUUCGGAUGAGAAGGAUAACAAGAAAGGGGAAGACAUUUUGGAAAUGCUUUUCGCUAACUAUUUUUUUUACCUAAGAAGGGAGUUUACCUUAUUUGGGGGGGACAUAAUGCGUGGUGAGUGUUCCUCGAGGGAAGGAUGCGAGCCAGAAUUUUUUGGAAGCGGGGAAAACAGAGACAACAAUGAUAAUUCGAGUGGGUAUAGCCACAACGGGUACAGCAACAACGGGUACAGCAACAACGGGUACAGCAACAACGGGUACAGCAACAACGGAUACAACUCCAACGGGUACAACAGCAACGACUACAAUAGCAAUAAUAGCGAUAACAACGGAGAUUACAACAGCAAUAGCGAUAACAACGGAGACUACAACCACAACUAUUACAAUAACGGAAGCAGCAACAACGGAAGUAGCAACAACGGAGACAACAGCGGUGGAGGUAAUAACGGGGGAAAUAACAACAAUGGAGGAAAUAAUAACAACGGAAGCGACGAUAAUGAUGACAACGAUGACUGCAAUGAUAAUGACGAUAGUAACGAGAACGAUGACAGUCAUGAGAAUGAGGAGACGAACGAAAAUGAGGAGACCAACGAAAACGAGGGGUAUAACAGUAAUAACGAAAACAAUAGCAACGAUAACUACAAGUUUGUGGAUAAUUACACCUGCAUGGAUAUGGAGGUGAAGAAGGGUUUAACUGGGGAACUUUUAAACUCCAGUAAGUACACGAAUAAUACUAAUAAAAGUGAAAUAAGCACAAAUUAUUUCGAAAAUAGUUGCAACGUUAGUGCGAACAAUAGUAACAACGGAUGUUACGAAGAUAAUAGUAAUUUAUACUUAAACAAUGAGGAGGGUCUAACGCUGACGAGUGUUCACCUUCAAAAUGAGCAACGUGUUAAUGGGGAUGAUGACGUAGGGUUGUACGACAAUAUCGGAGGAGGAAACAACUUAGAUCACGAACACAGCAAUAGUGAUAAUGUGUAUAAUAACAUUAGCAGCUAUAUGGAAAGCUACAUGGAUAAUAACAAGGUACAUGUGAUAAAUACUUGUAAAAGAGACUCGUGCAGCACCAAUGAAGAGCAGAUUUCCAACAACUCUCUGAAUGAUAGUACCAAAAUGAAGGAUGAAAUUUUGUACAACGCCAACGACUUGGUGUACCAUGGGGAGGGACUAAACGUGAAGGACGAAAUGAACGAAGCAUACGAACCGAACUUCCUGUCUCUUAAGAGGAACAACCUAGAUGUCGAUUACAAACAUUUGGACACCGGGGUGCAGAAAAAGAUUAACAAAAAAAGGAAUAAAGUGAAAAUGGAAAAGAGCAAUAAAAAUUUGGACGAUGAAAAGAAAGAAGUCCUUAAUAAGGUGUCCCAAAUAACUAGAGUUGGUGGAGUAUGCUUUGAUAAGAAUAGACAAAGGUGGAUUGCGCACUGGAAAAUUGAUGGGAAAUAUCAUAAGCAUUAUUUUCCAAUAAGUCAGUACGGAUUUGAAAAUGCUCGGGAGAGAGCCAUCAAUUGUAGAAAGCAAGCAGAGAAGCUUUUCAACUUGCCAGAAAUACAACCACGAAAUAGAUGGAACCAAAUCAAAGUGAAUGGAACGUCUCACAUUAAGAAGGCAGCGAAGUUACCAAGGUGCGAAGGGGUUGCGUAUGAUGAGUUGUCACAAAGUUGGGUUAGUACCUUUGUUGUGCAUAAGAAGUUUUCCAUUGAUGACUUGGGUUUUUACGGAGCUAGAGAUCAAGCCAUUUACUGCAGGAAAGUUUUCGAAAAGGUAAAUAUACAUGACGAUUAUGAAUUUUUGCUCAAAGAUAGACUAGGAAUGAGUAAUGAAGAAAAGGAAGAACUGAGUGCCCUUUUCAACAUUGAUAAAAAUGCAAUAGAAAAAAUGGACAUGGGAAAUAAUGUUGGGGGGGGUAGUAAGGUAAAGAGCAAUAUGGAGAAAAUAAAGGUGAAGGAUAACAAUGACUACUCGUUAGAGAAUAGCAAUGGAGAAAACAUGAAUGCUGGUGGUGCCAACCCGGAUGUCAAAAUAUCCAACGAGCAGUAUUUAAAAAUAACGCAGGAAGCCAUCGAAAUGAUUUUAAGCAACAUAAAGCAUAAGUCCCUACCGGAGAUUAAGCUGAAAUUAAUUGACAAACAGAAAUUUGAGAAUUAUAACACCCUGCUGGAUAAACACUUCAAAUUUAUUACAUCCGUGAAGAACAUCUCGCAGUUGCAGCCCUACAUAUCCCUUUUCCACAAAUUUAUCAUUUACCACACACUUCCUCAUAACAUAUCGUUAAGGAAGCAGCUAUUCAUUAUUGAGGCGUUAGAGUGGUCUUCCUUUUUUUCGGGCGCAGCCAGCCAGAAGGUUGACUAA